AUGCUCAUCGUUCCGCUCUUACUUGCCGCUACAUUAGCCCUGUAUGGCUCUUUCAGCACUCCUCUGUUCGCAACUCUACGAGCAAACAUGAGAGAGCAGCUAUACCGUCCGGUCUUGUCCUCCAUCAAGCUUGCCGCUGGUUUGAUCUUUACGCCUCUAUCCGCGCUUGUAUCGCCACACUCCCUUUCAUCGUCGCCUAUGCACGAUGGACGAGCGGAUCAUCUAUCUAUGACCACCGAUCUUAUUGUGAGGCCCUUGACUGAUAUAGUCCCUCUCUACUCCCCCAUUUCUACUUCCAAGGCUCCCCUCCAAGUGCCGCUUCUAACUGGCGGCCGUCAUGUCACCAUAUUCGAUAUCUAUCGUCGCUUCCCCUGGGCAGAAAUUGGCGCCACAUUUCUUGUUGCAUCUCUAUUAGUUGCAGCUGCCCUUUUCAUGAUCGUACAGUUAGCGAAACUCUCUAUCUUCAAGAUAGACCGUGCGCCACAUACUGAAAGCAGCUCUUUCCCAAUCGUUGUGUCUCAUGAUUUCACCAACGCGUCCGUGUCAUCCAUGCCUAGCAACUUUGGCUCCGAGUUAUUCGGAUUCCCCGGUCCUCGCCUUGAACUUGAGGCCCCAGUUACUGCUUGCGAUCUGUCGGUGGUCAUAUCACCACUCGACGUCUACCAUACCGGCUGCAUCAUUCUUAAACCCCAUGACCUCCCGCUCUGCACUGCUACUGAACUGGAUGAGGAGCCCGUGAACGGAGGAACCGAUCACAUCCUCCCUCAGAGUCAAGUCAUAUCCACAUCCCCUUACCCUGACAAUGUCCCAAUACCUGAUCAUCAAGACGGUUUUAUGACCCCUAAUCUUGAAGGUAUUCAUUCCGUCUCUGAGCAUGUGGAUGAAUCGACCCAGACAGCUUGCAAUGACGAAGAAUCAGAGUGUUUCUUUUAUCCCGGCGGUAUGGAGGAUAUCUAUAACAAACUUCUUCAGGCCAUUGGCAGGAGCUUACCGCCUGGGUGCAACAAUGAAGACUUAACUCAGAACAUUCUUACCCUCCUUAGUGACAGCUUGUCUACUGUAAUAACUGGGGACACUGCUGCACCGAUACCCAUCCAAGCAAUCAAUACUCCAGGCGAAGUACUUCGAGGAAUUCUUACUCUCGUCAGACACAUACUAAUGCCCUCUACGACGGCUGAGGAGACUGAGGAGACUACUGCACCGAUAGCCACCGAAGUGGUUAAUACCAACCCGGGUCACAUACACGGGACAACUCCUCUCACCAGUGACACCUCGUCCUCUGCGAUGAUUGAUGAAACUCCUGCACCGAUCCUCACCGAAGCGGUCGAUACCGACCCUUCUGCGAUUGGCGGGGACACCACCGCACCGAAUUUCGGUCUCGAUGAUAUACCCGAAUCGACGACUCACGUUAUACCCAAAUCGACUCAUGUUAUACCCGAAUCGACUCAAAUUAUACCCGAAUCGACUCAAAUUAUACCCGAGUCGACUCAAAUCAUACCCAAAUCGACUCAAAUCAUACCCGAAUCGACUCAAAUCAUACCCGAAUCGACUCAAAUCAUACCCCAAGAACUGCCCUCUGAAGGUCUCGAGGCCUCCGACUGGGCACCUGGCGGCCGUUACCGUGCUAGGAUAUCGGGAUCCACUCAUGCGAUUCCCUUGAAAGCGAGCACUGGUACAAGAGUGCCGGUCAAUGUACCCUCUGGAGGUCUCCAAGACUCCCGUCGGGCACCUCGGAACUAUGACCGCGAUGGCUUAUCGGAGGAAUCAACCCCCCUGGAAGAACGCGCUGGUGCAAGAACACCGGUCUUUGCCUCCACAGCAACGUGUUCUGGAACUCCCAGGAACCCUAUACGUAGAGCUAGGGAAAACCGUGGCGCGAGAGGCAGUUAUCAACGGCAGCGACAAGCUGUUGAAUCUCAGGCUGGUCCAAGUGCACCUGCCUCUGUGUCUUUAGCGCAAUCUUCAAGUUCUGCCGACCUGACGCAUCCACACGAGAAGUCUCGCGGUCCGGGUGGCAAUCGCACACAGACGCUCGAUCCUCACACGGAUGCUCGCGUUGAUCCAGGAGCAUCGACUUCGGCAUUCCCACCAGCGGAGCCACCCGCUUUUCAGAAAACAGGCAAUUCCCGUGGCAAUUGCAAUUGGGCGGAAGAUGUUCGCCUCCAACGAGAGGCAUCAGCCUCUUCGUCCUCGAAACCACGUCUUCCAAGUAGCAUUGAUGGUUCUAUGCGGGCCAUCGAACGGAAAGCACAAGUCGGUGGGAGCACUCAUGUCGGUCACACUGCAUCAAGACAGAUCGUUCAGGAUCACCCUCCGUCAGAGAAUGGGCAGGGAGAGGGUGGAGACGGGGACGGAUAUGUGAUAUAUUCCACGCCUUACCCUAAUGCUAAAACCAGCAACGGAUCGCGUUCUGCCGCAACUCCUUCAAAUGUCACCCAUGGAUCGACCCACUAUGAUAUGAAUAACGUACUGUAUGAAACUGGUCCGUCGAGAGCACCACCGUCGGAAUUGCAUUCCGAAGGCCCUCGUGACUCAAUGCAAGCCCCUGACGAAGGCGAGAAAGCCCCUGAUGACGGAGGUGAGAAUAGAAAUGGCGGACACGAGGGAUAUGUGACUACGGAUACGAGGAGGGCAGGUAUGAGGGGGCAAGAGCACAGGGAAGGAAGCAGUGAGCGCAGUAUUAGAGGGAGGGUUAGAACCCGUAGUCUCGACGAAGGUAACUCAGAUCGUCCUUUCCGGCGUAGCCCAGACCAUCGAAACUCCACGUAA